GUCCUGAGUGGGUGUGUGGGAUUUUGGUUUGAGCUCGGCCGUCACCGCCAGAGUGCUUUUCCAACGCGCCCCCAAUAUCACCGCCGCGUCUAGGUCCAGGCUGCACAUAUAUGAAUCAUGAUUCACAUCGGUGCCGCCUCCUGGCAAACAAACAAAAAGAUCGCCAAAUCCUGAAAUCCCUGAAUUUCCCCUCUGCAACUCCAAGGAUUCUAAAUUCGUGUCCUCCGUCGCCGUUGCUGUGCAUCUUACGGGAGACUUAUUGUUACACCUCCUUACACGUAGCAUCACAACACGCAAACGCAUUCGGAUCGCGUCAGACCUGCAUUUCUACUACUAGAAGAGACCGGGCCCGCACCGAGAAAAUCAUGUAUUUUUCAUACUCACCUUCACCGCCAUCAACCAGCUACUCCACGUCACCCAUGGAGAUCCCAUCUUCAUCAAGCUCGAGACCGCAGUCUCCAUCGUGCGCGUUUCCUUCCUGGCCACGCCGAGCUUCCUUGUCCUCGAACUCCAGUCACGGGGACGAAGCCUCAAGCUCCUUCAUCAUCUCUGACGAGGAGCUCUUCCCUCUUGUGUUCGACGAUGCCGAUAGAGACUGCACGCCUCCCGCAACACCAUACUCGAGCCGGUCUCCAGCAUCACCGUCGAGAAUGUGCGACAUUGUGGUGGACAACGGGUCUUUGAUGCGAGAGUUGAUGGCGCAAGAGAAGACGAAGAAGGAGCGAAGACGUCGGAAGAGCACAAGUUCGAAGAAGUCGAGGAGUGGCAGUAAGACUCACAUGAGCCCCAUCUUGGAGGUCGUGGAAUGAGAAGGACGGUCGUCAAUAUCAUCGCCUGCAAGGACGAUCGCUGUGAUAUUCACGGGCGUUCUGUUAAGGUCAAGGAAGAUAGUUUGCCUGCCCGAGAGAACAUCAAAGCGGGGAUGGAUAUGGAACGUGGUCGAUGAAGCACGAGCAUGAAAGUGACCUGUGUUGAGCUUGCCGUCGGCUGCUCCGCUCCUCGCGAAAUUACUUCGACCUUAUCGAUACAGUA